GUUAACACUUCAUUGGUACCAAAAUUGUCCAACAAAACUAUCAAAAUGGAAGCUAAAAUUCUUCUGAUCCUGUGCUUGGUUGGCAUGACCCUGUGUACUCCAGUGCCCGAUGGUUUAGGUGCAGGACUCGGUGCGGUAAUUGGUUUGGGCCUUGGAAUCGGUGGUAAUCCUGUGAACUCAGGUCUGCCAAACAUUCCUGCCGUACCUUCCGUACCUGCUGUACCCGCUGUACCCGCUGUACCCGCUGUACCCGCUGUACCCGCUGUACCUGCCGUACCAAACGUACUUACUACAUUGCCAAGCAUUCCAGCCGUACCGGUCACUCCAUUGCCGAGCACGAUCUUACCAUGCUAAAUAUAGUUUCGUGAACAACAUUCAAGAUUUCUUCGCAUUCUUCAGUAAAUAAUAAAGGAUUAAAACAAUGUAUUUAAAGUUAUGACACAAUUUUAUAAAGUAAAAUAAAU